UUACAGCGAGACGGUGACUGGGAGUACGGUGCUGGAUUUUUGUAUUUUUUAUAAUCUUUCCACCGUGAACUGAUGAUCUACAGUUCUUGCCUUGAUGGAGACUAAACUAUAAACAAAAAGAAAAUGAUGGACGCGUUCGGAUUUGUACUCUCACCUAAAAGCAUGAAACAAAGAGGAUGGGGACAGCGACUACAAUUGCUUGGCGUUUUGAUUUUGCUCGGAUUUUGCAGAGAUGCUUCAGCACAGUUAAGGUAUUCUAUAUCUGAAGAGCUUCCACAGGGAAGUGUCGUUGGUAAUAUAGCGAAAGAUUUGGGAAUAGAACUUAAUUUAUUGAAGCGCCGGGGGUUUCGUAUUAUGCCUGACUCCACUGAACCUCUUUUCAGUGUAAACGACAGUGACGGGGUCCUUUAUGCAACGCGUAAAAUAGAUCGAGAGGAAGUGUGUAAAGACAGCAGUGCGUGUUUAAUUAAUCUAAAAACCGUGCUCGAAAACCCAUUAGAAGUACAUUAUGUUACUGUGGAGGUAACAGAUUUAAACGACCACUCUCCCACGUUUCCAGAAAAGACGAAAAGGCUUGAAAUAUUCGAAUCUGCAUUGCCAGGAGCAAAAUACCAGCUACAAAAUGCUCAUGACCCGGACGGUGGCACAAACUCCAUUCAACAGUAUAAAUUAAGUCCAAAUGAACACUUUCGUUUGGAGGUUAAAGAUAGAGGUAGAGAUGGUAAAACUCCAAUAUUACAGUUGCAAAAACAACUGGACAGAGAGAUAAAAAAUAGUCAUAAAUUAAUUUUGACAGCCAUUGAUGGCGGGAAUCCUCCAAAGACAGGGACGGUUGAAAUAUAUAUCGAUGUCUUAGAUGUCAAUGACAACAUGCCUGUCUUUACCAAAGAUUCAUAUUCAGUCGUCCUAGAAGAAAACGCACCAAUUGGUACAACUGUAAUCCAAGUAAACGCAACAGAUUUAGACGACGGCUCCAACGGGGAAGUGGUUUAUUCGUUUGGCAGUGCUGUAAAAGGAAAAACUAGAGAGUUAUUUGACAUUGACUCUGUUACUGGGGAGAUAAUUGUGAAAGGUAAGGUAGACUACGAGGAACAAGAUAGUUAUGAUAUUGACAUCCAGGCCUCUGAUAUGGGAAGCAUUCCGUUCAGGACGGAUAAAAGUGUAAUAAUUAAAAUAGGUGAUACAAAUGAUAAUGCUCCUGUCAUAGAAGUGGCAUCAUUGUCCAGUGCCGUUUCAGAAGACUCUAGAUCAGGGACAACUGUAGCUCUCAUUAGUAUUACUGAUUUGGAUUCUGGAAUAAAUGGAAAAAUAAUAAGUUAUAUUGACAAAGAAAGUCAUUUUACCAUAAAACCAUCAAUACAAGAUAACAUGUUUGCUGUUGUCACAAAGUCACAGCUUGACAGGGAACAAGAAUCAAGUUAUGAUAUAACAAUAGUUGCUAAAGAUGCAGGUGAGCCAGCAUUAACGUCCGAAAAAACUAUCAGCAUGUUUGUGUCAGAUAUAAAUGACAACAGUCCUGAGUUUUCAGUGAGUCCAUAUACUUUCUAUAUCACCGAAAACAACCCGCCAGGUGCUUCUGUGUUUUCUGUAAAAGCGUCUGAUCGUGAUAAGGGAGAAAAUGCGCUUAUUUCUUAUCGUAUUCUUAGGAAUGGAGGGGAUGAAAAUAAAGUGAUAUCUUUUCUUAACAUCAACUCUGAAAACGGAGAUAUUUUAGCCCUGAAGAGUUUUGACUUUGAAACUCUGAAAACGUUCCAGUUCCAAGUUGUAGCCACAGAUUCUGGAACUCCGUCACUGAGCAACAACGUGACAGUCAACGUGUUCAUUCUGGAUCAGAACGACAACGCUCCAGUCAUUCUGUAUCCACUCAGCUCCAACAGUUCUGCUGAAGGUGUGGAGGAGAUUCCACGGAAUGUCAACGCAGGACACUUGGUGACUAAAGUCCGAGCCUAUGAUGCUGAUAUAGGAUAUAACGGCUGGUUACUGUUUUCACUGCAGGAAGUUACUGACCACAGUCUGUUUGGUUUGGACCGCUACACAGGACAGAUCAGAACACUUCGCUCAUUCACAGAAACAGACGAGGCUGAGCACAAACUAGUCAUACUGGUCAAAGACAAUGGGAACGUAUCCCUGUCAGCAACAGCUACUGUGGUUGUCAAAGUUGUGGAACCAAAGGAGGCUUUUGCAGCUUCUGAUGUUAAAAGUGCAUCAAAGGAUGAUGACAGUAAUGUGACUUUUUAUCUGAUGAUAACUUUGGGCUCAGUUUCAGCACUUUUUAUCAUCAGUAUCAUUGUUCUUAUUGCAAUGCAGUGCUCCAAGACCACAGACUAUACAUCUAAAUAUUUAGAGGAUAAGAACUACGACGGGACACUUUGUCACAGCAUCCAGUAUAGAUCUGGAGACAAACGGUACAUGUUGGUUGGACCCAGAAUGAGUAUAGGAUCUACUAUAGUCCCUGGAAGUAAUGCAAAUACUCUGGUUCUACCUGACAGGAGAAAAGCAUCUGGAGAGGUAAGAAUCAUAGUUUGA